AUGUCCUCAUUCCUCUGGAUUUUGACCGCUCUGGUGCGCUGGGUGCGCUUGAAGAUCUACCAGUAUGAGGUGACUUUUGCCAUCUACAUGCUGACUCCGACCGAGAAGUUUAUAUUCAAUUCGCUUCUUCUCACACUGGUCACCAUGAUCGCCACGGGGAUCUACAUCUACCUCCCUGACCACCUGCGAGCCAUUUAUGGUCAUCUGUACUACUACUGGGUCGGCGAAAGACCCUUUAUUGCCACUCGCCUCUCUGCGUCAGCUGGCUCUGCUCUCGGGGAUGUUGCGACACAGAGCCUCGUCGUUUAUGAAGCGGCAAAGACUGCCGUCGUGGGCUCAGCGACGGAGUACAUGGGCGAGUUGUAG